AUGGCAGCAUCAAUUCAAAAUAUUGAAGAUAAUGCUCCUCAAUAUGGGGUCUCACCACCAAUAUGCGUAAAAAAACCUAAUUUAUAUGAAGAAUUUUUAACAGCUAAACUUGAAGAGGUUCUACGGAAUUACAAUUUAUUUGAAACCAAAGAAGGUAUUGAGAAACGUAUAGAAGUUUUAAGAGUUUUAAACGCUAAAUUUAAAAAAUGGGUUCGCGAUACAUCUAAAGGAAAAAUAGGAGAUGAAUGUAUAGAUAAAGUUGGUGGUAAACUUUUUACUUUUGGUUCGUAUCGUCUUGGUGUUAAUAAUCCCGGUGCAGAUAUUGAUUCUUUGUGUGUAGCACCAAGACAUAUCAAUCGAAGUGAUUUUUUUACAUCUUUUUAUAAAGUUUUAGAAGAAGAUUCAGAUGCAACGGAACUUCAUGCUGUUCAGGAUGCAUUUGUACCAUUAAUUAAAUUAAAAUAUAGAGAUGUAGAAUUGGAUGUAUUGUUUGCUAGAUUAGCUAACAAAGAGGUUCCUGAUGAUCAAACUUUGGAAGAUAGUACACUUUUAAAGAAUUUAGAUGAAAAAUGUGUUCGAUCACUUAAUGGCUGUAGAGUCGCAGAUGAAAUAUUAAAAUCUGUUCCAAAUAUUGAAUCAUACAUUGGAACAUUACGUGCUAUCAAACAUUGGGCUAAAGUUCGCGGGAUAUAUUCGAACGUUCUUGGUUUCUUUGGAGGUAUUACUUGGGCUAUACUUGUAGCAAGAUGUUGUCAAUUAUAUCCAUAUGCAACACCUGCAAGAUUGCUUGUUAAAUUCUUUUAUAUAUUUAAAUCAUGGGAAUGGCCCUCUCCAGUAUUUUUGAAGAAGACAGACUCACCAGAUAAUGAUCCAUUGUCAGCAUAUGUAUGGGAUCCUAGACAAAAAGCUGCUGAUAGAUACCAUUUAAUGCCGAUAAUAACACCAGCAUUUCCAGAACAAAAUUCUACAUUUAAUGUUUCUAAUUCUACAAAAAGAAUUAUACUUAGAGAAAUACAAGAAGGUUUUAAUAUUUGUCGUGAGGUUUUGAGCGGAAAAAGCUCAUGGGAUAAACUUUUUCAAGAAAUAAAUUUUUUCUCUAGAUACAAGCACCUUUUAGUUUGUUUCAUUGCUAGUCCUAAUGAGAGUGUAUUUUUAAAUUUUAAAGGACUUGUUGAGUCCAAAUUAAGACAUUUAACAUCUAAUUUUGAGCGUAGUCAAUAUAUUGAUCUGGUUCAUGUUUUUUCUAAAAGUUUUAAACCUAAAUCUGACUCUCCUGUUGUUCAAGAGUUAAUUAAAGGUAUUGAGGAUCCAUCAAUGUGCUGUUGGUUUAUUGGAUUAGAUUUUAAAAAAGAUAUGAAAUGUGAGGUUGAUUUAACUGCAGAAAUACAACAAUUUCAUGAUCUUAUUGCUUUGACAAAACAAAAAAAUAAUCCUAAUGAUGAAGAUAGUAAACUCGCUUUAAAAUAUUUAAAAAGAUCAAAAGAAAAUGUUACUGAAUGGAUCUCAGAAGAGGAUUUUAAAAGAGGGCGUAAGGCAAUGUCUGCAAAACAACAAGCCGCCAUUGAACAGAAAGCUCAAAAUACAGAUAUGAAUAUUGAUACUCUUUACGUCCAAUUAAAUGACGUUUUCAAUUCAAAUGAAGAAUUAAAGAUACAAUGGUUGAAAUUUCUCAGUGAAAAAGAUAUUAAUGGAGAUAUUUCACAUAAUAAAUUAGCUAAUCAAGUAAAUAUUGUUUCGUCAACAGAAACAUCUAAUAAUUCUUUGUUUACUUCACAAAAUGAAACAACUGAUUCUAUGAAUACUACCACAUCAACUACAGUAAAUGCCACUAAUUUAACUACAACACUUACAACAAAUAAUAUUCCUCGUAAACGUAAGCAUAGUGAAUCUGAAAAAAAUGGUGGUGUCAGUAAAGUGUUAUCAUGGGCACAAAAUUAA